AUGCCAGAACAAGGACAGGUCUUGCAGUCUCGAGUGGUCCGCCGGAGAAAUCCACGCCCCAUCAACAGCUGCGUUGAAUGCCGCACCCGGAAGUCGCGGUGCUCCAAGACGCACCCUUGCCAGAACUGCACAGCCUUCGGGCGCGAGUGCGUCUUCAUCACCGUCCCUGAGAGCGCUGCGCGCAAGAAAGAGAGGGAGCAGAGAGAGCGCGCGCAGAGUAAGAGCGGCGCUGGUGUCACCAUCCCGGACUGGACCAAGAACCUCCCCGUGCGCACACAGAGCAGUGCCAGUGUGCAUGAUGGGUACGAGAAUGCGAACUCAGUCGACACCACCACGCCUGGUACGCCUCCGCGAGACUAUGAAUGGGAGGCCUACCAGCAGGAUGUCGAGCCCGAAACGGAUGCCUGGGAGAGACUGCCCGCAGAGCCUGAAGAGACGCAGGACGAUGUGUACGAAGACGAGAAUGACGAUGAAGAUCAGAUUGCGACUGAUCUCACGAUUCGAAUCGGGAGGAUGAUCAUUUGUGAGAAUGUCACCGGAUUUUUCCGCCCCCAAUACGCCGAAGAGCUCGGCAAGCUUCUGUCUGAGAGCUUCACCCCGUCGUCAUCAGUCACGGGCCAGAGAGCGACACAGUCGUCUGCUCUGCUGUCCGCAGAACAGAUGCCGUCCCUUGCACCAUCGCUGAACCUGCUGCUAGGUGGCUCGCUGCCUCUACAUCAGAACAACGAUGUGGAAGCACCGCAGCUACCGACUAAGAUGGAAGCAGAAGGACUACUACAGCGAUACAUGGAAGCCCGACACGUUCGAUCGCUCUUGUGGUACCAAAUCUGCUUCUUAGACUUCAAGACAGCCGAAGCGCAAGGGCCCCAUCCAUCCAUUCGAUCAGACGAUUUCGACAUUGCGCUCCCGUUAAAUGUAGAUGACGACGUCUUCGAGUUUGGCAGUGCAAAAUGGCAGCAACACCCUGCCUCCACCACUGGCUGGUCAGACGUGACUUUAUCGCUAAUACGCUACGAAUGCAAUGAAAUCCACCGUCUUAUCUUCCGCGGCAGGAUCGAAAUGGACCGCAAGCACAUCACGCUCCACGACCUGCGCGCCCGCGUAGAGGCCAAGAAACGUCAAAUUCAAAGCAAAUACCUGCAGUAUCUGGACGCCAAUGUUCCCAUCCAACGUUAUGCAGGCCUCGUAGCAACUCUCUUAAUGUCUCGCUGCGACUCGAUGCUCCUCUACCGGCACCUCCCGCAAACCUCUCUGCAACCGCGCUCAGAAUCCGAGAACCGCCUCCGCGACGUCCUUCUCACAGCAGCCCUGACCACGCUCGAAAUUGGCGCAACGCUAGACACACUGCCCUCGCUCUCGGCAUGGGCCUGGUACUCAACAACCUACCAACAAUACCACGCAGUCCUCCUCCUCCUCACAGAACUCUACCGCACACCCGACCUCCCGCGAAAAGAGCGCAUGGCCACAAUCAUCGACCACAUCUUCGGACACUGCUACGGCGUCGGCGUCCGAGAACGCUGCUCCGACCUCCUCUUCACCGUCAAAGAAAACCUAGAAGCCUUCUACGUAAUGAAAGGCUUCAACAAAAAGCGCCAACAAAUUGCUCCCCAGCAACAUCCCACUCUCCAGCCCCUCCCCUCCUUCGGCGGCUCCGUAACGAGUCCCGCGUUUGGCGCGCAGCAGACGCCGAGUAAUAUGCAUGGCCAUUUGCAGAGGACGCCUACGUCUGGUACGCUGGAUGGCUUGAAUGUCGAUUUUGAUAGUAUACUCGGGAGCUUGAAUGGUGGAGGCGGCGGCGGCGGUGGGGCUGGUGCUGGGUCGGCGGAGGAUUACGAUGUCUGGGGUGGUAUGAGCGCUGGUGCGGGUCAGGAUACGGGUGCUAUUUUUGUGCCGGUGGAUACGGGCCAUCAUGCUGAGUUUGGGACUACGAGCCCGAAUGGGGGGUUGCAGCAGUGGGAGAACUGGAAUUUCCCACCUCAACAGCAGAAGUACGAGCAUUAA